CUGAGUGUCAUAAAAGCCUUUAAGACCUCUUAAAAGGAAGAGCCCACGCUGAAGAAUCAACUGGACCCUGGCUGGCGCCGGACUGCAGAGCAAAGCAGCUAACGUGAAAGAAAUAAGAAAUUGGUGUGAAGAUGUUUAAGAUUUGCAAAGCCAAGGAUGGGCAGCCAACUGCUCCUGGGCAGGUGAAAAUUAAAAAGAAGUCACAGGUGCCGGGAGUUAUGAUCACACAGUAUGUGGAAGUAUUACCCAAUGGCAUGACCACCCCAGAUUUCACUCGAAAACCUAUCGCUCUCACAAUUCAAGAGGGAAAAAUGGCCUUUUUCAGAGCAAUAGUUACUGGUAAUCCAACACCAACUGUGACUUGGGUGAGAAAUAAUGGUGAAAUUGAUGACAGAUACAAGUCUGUAUUUGAUACAAUCUCUGGUGAACAUCAGCUACAGAUGCCAAAUGUGUGUGCAGAUCAAGCGGAUACCUACAAAUGUUAUGCCAGAAAUGAGUUUGGAAAAGCACUUGUAACCGUUACUCUCAAUGUCAUUGAAAUUGGCUACAAGAAAAGCAAAGCGAUGAAAGAAUCCAGAACAGCAAUUCGAGAAUUACCUGAGGACUUCAAAAAGAACCUGAGAAGCACGGCGGAUAUAGAGCCAAAGGAAGAGAAAAACCUAGAAAUCAAUGACCAGUUUUGGGAACUGUUGUUGAGUGCAGACAAGAAAGAAUAUGAGAGCGUCUGUGCACAAUAUGGGAUCACCAAUUUUCGCUGGAUGCUCAAAAAGCUAAACGAGAAGAAGUUAGAGAGAGAGCAGGAGCAGGACAAGGUUGUUGAAAAACUCUGUAACCUGAAGCACAUUGAACUAAAACCUAAUGGUGCUGCAGAGUUUGAACUUGAGAUGUCACUGAAAGACCGUAACAGCAAAAUUUUCCUAUUCAAGGACGGAGUUAUGAUUCCUUUUGAUGCUGACACCGAGGUAAAACAUGGGCUUAAGAGAAUAGGAAGGAAGUUUGUGUUUAGCAUCAAUGGAAUUGAUCCCGAAGAUGCAGGAUUAUACCAACUGGUAGUCGAUGGAGUUAAGAUAUUCUCAACUGAAUUAAAACUUCCAGAUGUGGACUUCUUGGUAAAGAUUCAAGAUGUAAAACCAGAGGAAAGAGAGGAUGCUGUGUUUCAGUGUGUGCUCUCACAUCCAAUGAAAAAAAUCACCUGGAUGGGAAAAAAUAACCCAGUGGAGCAAGGAGAUAAAUAUGAUAUUACUGUAUCGGACAACAUGUUGAUUCACACUUUAGUGGUGAAAGAUUGCCUGCUACUGGACAAAGGAAUCUACUCCGCUGUGGCUGGACUUAAAUCCUGCAGUGCCUGGCUUAUAGUAGAGGCUAACAAAGAUCCAAAUAUGGUUGGAAAAAGGAACGCUCGCAAAACAACUCGUGCAGGGGGUGGUGGAGAGGAUCUUCUCAAAGUUGCUCAGGAGCAGCAGACGAAGUUACAAAAAGAGCGAGAUGAGUUGAUUGCAAAGGCAAAGGAAAAAGCGGAGGAAGAGGCGGCAGCAGCAGCCACUGAAGAACCAGAACCUGAAACUAAACCAGAGGUAGAACACAAAGAGACGAAACCAGAAGUGGUGGCAGAUUCAGAACCAAUAGUUGUAGAAGAGAGAGUAAAGGAAGUGUCAAAACCAGAAGAUCCUGCACCAGCAAGAGAGGAAGAGGUUGUUCUUGAAGAUAAUGAAUCGGUCCAAGAGAAAAGACAAAGAAUGAGAACAGGUCCACUUAUCCCUGAAACAGUUAUCGACCCUGGAGUUUAUUUCACUAGCGGACUCUCAGAUGUAACUGUGAUUAUUGGUACUGAUGCAGAACUGCUAUGCAAACUCAGCAGUGAGGACUGUGAUGCAAUCUGGUACAAAGAUGGAAAAGAGAUAACAGCAACAGUGGAUAUUAAUGUUGUUAAAGAGGGGACUUGGCGUAAACUAAUUAUUAAAAAGUGUAAAGAAGAGGAUGCUGGAAAAUAUAAAUGUGAAGCUGAUGGGCGAAAAACGGAAGCUAUGAUAAAUGUUGAAGAUCCCCCAAGAAUCAACCCUGAAGACCUUGCUGAGUUUAUGAAACCUGUAACAAUCAAAACUGGAAAAGAUGCAUCCUUCAAGCUAACAUUUAUUGGCCGUGAACCCAUGAAAAUCCAAUGGUACAAUGAUGGGGAAGAGCUGAUGGAGGAGACCAAUAUUAAGAUUGAGAAGUCUUCCUCACAUAGCCGCCUAUUGUUAACCAAGUGCCAUCGCAGGACCACUGGAGAAGUAAAGAUUAAAAUAAAAAAUGAAUGUGGAACAGUUGAGGCCAUCACACAACUUACUGUCCUCGAUAAGCCAACUUCACCACAGGGACCUGUGGAUAUCAUUGAAAGUUCAUCCUCUUGCAUUGAGUUCAAAUGGAAACCUCCCAAAGAUAGUGGUGGUUGUCCUAUAGUCAACUACCUUCUGGAGCGCCAGCAAGUUGGACGCAACAGCUGGCAAAAGUUGGGAAAGAUUGGCCUGGAGCCCAAGUACAGGGACACAGAUGUAGAUCACGGCAGAAAAUACUGCUACCACAUCAGGGCUGAAACCGAUCAAGGUAUCAGUGAAAUGAUAGAAACUGAUGACAUCCAGGCUGGGACAAAGGCAUACCCUGGACCUCCAUCAACACCAAGAAUUGUCAGUGCUUUCAAGCACUGUAUCAAUCUCUCUUGGACUGCACCAGCAAAUACAGGAGGAACAAAUAUUUUGGGAUACAAUGUGGAGAAACGCAAGAAUGGGAGUAAUCUGUGGAGCAUGGUCAACCCACCAGACGAGCCCAUCAAAGCAAAACAAUACGCAGUAGAGGACAUUGUGGAUGGUAUUGAGUAUGAAUUCAGAGUGUCAGCUAUUAAUAUGUCUGGUGUGGGAGAACCAAGUGUACCCUCUGAAUUAGUCAUGGCAAGAGAUCCAAAGAAACCUCCUGGUAAAGUUGCUGACCUGAAGGUGACAGACUCCUCGUAUACGACCUUAUCGCUGAGCUGGAUCAAACCAGUAAAGGAAGAAGGUGUCCAAGAUGAAGCCAAAGGAUACUUUGUGGAGCUACGACCAGCAGAAAACCCUGAAUGGGGCCGCUGUAACACCAACCAUAUUGUUAUGACCACCUUUACUAUUGUGGGUCUUAAGUCAAUGGCAAUGUACUGGGUAAGAGUUAUAGGCACCAAUGAAGGUGGAGAUGGUGAGCCUCAAGAGUUAGACAACUACAUCAUUGCAAUGCCUCCACCAGUUAGACCCCAAUUCACUGACAAAAAAAUGAAGAACUUUAUGGUUGUGAGGGCAGGGAACUCUGUUCGAAUCAACAUCAACUUUAAGGCUUCUCCAAUGCCAGUGAUCACAUGGCUAAAGGAUAGCUUGUCUCUACCCAAACAUGUGACAGUGAGCAACACGGACACAUCAUCACAGUUAAUGAUUCCCUCAUCAGAACGCCAUGAUACCGGGAUCUACACAAUUAUUGUCAAGAACCUUGUUGGUCAGGAGAUCUCCAGUGUUGAAAUAAGAGUCACAGAUGAUCCUAAACCACCAGGCCCUGUGGAACUUGAAGAGAAUGUGUCAGGAACAGUGACCGUUUCAUGGACCCCAUCUCCAGAUGAGAAGAGAGAUAACAGGCUUCACUAUGUGGUCACCAAGCAAGAUUCUGUUAAACGCACUUGGCAUACUGUGGCUGACCAUCUCUUCAACAACAGGUUUACUGCAGUCAAUAUUAUGCCAGGAAGGCAGUACAAGUUCAGGAUCUAUGCUAAGAAUGACAUGGGGCUUUCUGCAGCAUCUGAGUCACCAAUCUGGGAAGUGAAAAAAAAGAAAGAGAAAUUCUCUUUGAAACUUCCAGCUUCCAAGAUCUGCAGCUUUGAGAUGCCUCCAUCAUUUUCUGUUCCUCUGAAAACGCACCAAAGUCCUGAGAGCUACGAGUGCCACAUUAGUUGUGCCGUGACAGGAAACCCGAGACCCCAUGUUACCUGGUACAAAAAUAACGUCAGCCUCAACACCAACACUAACUACUACAUCACCAACACCUGCGGAGUCUGCUCCAUGCUAAUACUCAAUGUCAGGCCCAAGGACAGUGGGGAUUAUACUGUUGUUGCAGAAAAUUCUCUGGGCAGAGUGGAGUGCUCAACAAAACUUGUUGUUAAAGAUUAGCAUGAUGCAGUGGCCCUGAACUUCUCAAGACCCCGGCGGCAUCAAAAUAAAUGGAGGCGCAUUUAUCAGCUUGAAAUCUGGUUGUUAUCUGAGUUGAUUUUGUCUUGUGUGGAAAAUAUGUAUUUAUGUAUUUAAAUAAUGGGAUGAAAAUAAAUUAUAACACGGCAAAUGAAUAAAAUCACAGAAAAAUAAA